AUGUCAAUCGGUCCUAGUGGCAUAUCAAUGGGUGCUAGUGGCAUGUCAAUCGGGGUGACUAAUGAGUCGACUAAAAAAUCACCUUUUCCCCCACCUCUCCCUUCAAUAUUCCGCAUUGCACCCAUGGGUGCUGUUGAUGCAUUACCCACCACACCUACAGCAGCAGGAGCUAUGGCAGUAACAGCACCACCACCUUCAACGCCACUGUCUCUCCCUCCUCCUAUUCCUCCUCCCAACCCUCCCAUUCCUCCUCCCAUCGCCCCGGUUCAGGUACGCCUCAGGUCCGGUGCGGCUGAAGUUCGGUUCAGCCAAGGCUCGCUCUUUGGCCGUGAGUUCGCUAGGCACCUCUCCCUCAGCCUUCCCCAAACACCACCCGCUAAAACCGACUGCCACCUCUCCUUUCGACUCCCCUUCUCACCCCAUCCCCUUCCAAGCAAGGCGCUCUCUUUUACUCAUUUCAGAGAGCGCCUUUCUUGGAGGGCGGACUGCCCCAUUUCAGUCGCUCUUAUAUCCUCUGCUCCCCUCCCCUCUUACAAGCAAGGCUCCCUCUUCGACUGCAAGGCAAUCUGUAUGACUGUGACUUCAACAAGCACCUCGCCAUCAGCCUCCUCCUCCUAA